CAGUGUUGACAAACCAGCAAGCAGGGACACGUGAGCAGUAGCAUUAGUAUGAAAAGUGAUGUGAUGCUGUGCUGUUGGACUGUGGGACAUACAGUACCAGUGCACAUGAGCGCGCACAGGCUACAUCGACUGCAGGGUCAUAUUCUGCUUGAAAAUAAGAUCAGAGCAAUGGCAGCGUCUCCAAGCCCUCUAACCACACAUGUGUUAAAUACUGCCAACGGGCUUCCAGGAUCCAACAUGGCCCUCAACCUACAUCGACUGGACCCCUCAUCUGAGACAUGGAUGGUUAUCACGACUGGGACGACAAAUUCAGACGGCCGUUGCCCUGGGCUUAUCACACAAGAAAUGUUUCUGUCUGGUGUGUACAAACUGCGCUUUGAAACUGCUCCAUAUUGGGACAGUUUGGGGGAGACCUCCUUUUACCCUUAUGUUGAGAUUGUCUUCACUAUCAAGGACCCAAGCCAAAAGUAUCAUAUACCUCUGCUCCUGAGUCGCUUCUCAUACAGUACUUACAGAGGGAGCUAAUAUCUCUGUCCUAACCUUUGCAAUCUGACAUUCAUUACCAAUGUAUAUGUCCAUGUACACAAACAAAUUUCACAUGCUCCAUGUUACGUUUCAUCAUUAGUAAAGAAAAUGACUGAC